AUGGCGGCCCGCCUCGGCUUCCAGUCGGUCAGCGACCUGGAGGAGUGGGAGGAAGAGAUCGUGCUCGACCACUUUGCCAACUUCAUCUUCGAUUAUCUCGCCCACGGCUACACGGUCCAGCCCGACAAGCGGGAGCUGGUCGAGUACAUUGACCUGGGCAAAGCCGUCGCCGAGAGAAUCACCAUGCUGGAGCAGCGGAGGUUCGAGCAGGUGCUGGAUCCGGAUAAGAGCGACUGGACCGCCCGGGAUCAUUACAAGCAGUUCGUUGUCGGGGUUGUGUCGGACGAUCUGUGGCUCUCCAUGUACGACAUUGACGGUGCAGUGAUCUGCAAGCGCGGGUGGACGGCCAGGGCGACGACCAUCAAGAUGGUGAAAUAUCUCGAAUUCUUGAUUCAAGAGUGGAGAAAAGGGGCGGGAGAUACUCAGUACGGAGAAAAGACAAUGAGAGGACGGACCCCCAGGUCCGGAAGGAGAAACUAG